AGUGGGACUUUUAAUUUGAAAUCGAAGGCGCACUGGGAUGUAAAUAUAGGAAGAGGCAGGGACUGAAUUUCGAUUGAAAUUCCUCUUUUUGAAGUUCCUCUUUCAUUUAAACCGCCUCUGUCCUUUAAACCGGUCAGUUAGAGUGAAGACCAGAUGAAAUAAAGUAUAGCGAACACGUUUAUAAUCUAACUGACCAUAUUCCUGAGGACGAGGCUCGUUUGUGGAUUAUAUUUUCGUGUUAUCGAUAAGGAGGGGCUGACCGACUCUUCAGCUGCGGAUUCGUGUUUGUCUGUCUGUUUGUUUGUUUGUUUGUUUACUUCAGGUUUUUCUGCCUGAAUCUCUUUAAUAACGUCUGUAAACCAAGUUAACUGAGUGUUAUCCGUACAAAACGGGCCACUAUGUCCACGACGACGCUGGAAAAGAGCCAGACUUUCUCUCGCAAUAACGUGACGAAGCUGGAUCGUCUGAACGUCCGGGUCAGCAAGCUGCUGACGGUGGCGGUGCAUGAGGUCCUGGAGGUGGUGAGAGAGACGGUGUCGGAAUAUCAGGAGAAGACGGCGCGGACGCAGAGGGAGAACGAGAGGCUGCGGCUGAAGUUGCGGGACGCCCUGGAGCAGCUGGAAAGAGAGAGAGAAGUGUCAAGACUUGCCUCCAUCUCCUUGUCGGUCAAUAGCCUGUCCACUCAGACUCAGCCGACACCUGGCUCAGAUGUUUCCUGUUUGAGGCAAGAGUCCACUUCUGCUCAGCCUGAGGAUCCAGUUGUUAAAGGAGAAGAGCUCGGCCACGCUGUAGAGGCAGAGACGGUUUGUGACCUGAGAGUGGCGCUAACGUUAGCCGAUAUGUGUACAUCAGAAGCGGAACAUGACAGCAGUACAGAUCUGACCGAAACGCAGCACAGUGCGCAAGCUUCAGAUCGCUUGCCUGCGGACCGGGCGCCAAGCAUACCUGUACAGGACAUUAAAACUGAAUCUGCUGCUGGGGAACACUCUUCCCCACAACAACAGAUGUCCCAGGUCGGGUUAGAUGAUGUUGCUGAGGACCUUAGUGACCCUGCAGCAGGACAAGAUCUCAUUGGUACAAGCUCCUAUGGUAUUGUAUUCGUCCAGUCAGAUCUCAGUACAGCUGGAAGGUGCAUGAUGACUGAAAGGAGCGCAAAGUCGGCCAUGGAAAGGUCCAGGAGCCUGCAAAUACCACGGGGUGUGGAGAACCAUGGUUGCAAAGUGUGCGGGAAGACGUUCAGUCGUGUGGGGAACCUCCGGAUCCACGAGCGAUGUCACACCGGAGAAAAACCGUACUGCUGCCCUGUGUGCGGCCGCUGCUUCAUCCAGGCCGGAGACCUAAAGAAGCACAAGAGAGUUCACACCGGAGAGAAGCCCUACUACUGCCUCCAGUGUGGCAAAAGCUUCAGCCGGAGGGAGAACCUCAAACGGCAUCAGAAGAUCCACAUAGGACAGAGUUUACAUCACCAGCGUUUAUGGAAGGGCCCUCAGUAGGGCUGGGCGAUAUGGCCUAAAUAUCAUAUCACAAUAUUUCUUAUGUUAUCGCUGGCGUUACGGUAUUUGACUGUAUUUUAUUUCACAGUGCAGCUUGUAUGAGAAACGUAUCGCCCAAAGACAGCAGCCACUGAUCAAUCAAGAACAAAACGCCACACUGUACAGGCCUGUUACAUCACUUUUUAGGAGGAGUGGUGGGUGUUAUGAAAAUGUUUGAAUUAUAUGUAGACUGCAGAUUCUUUUAUACUUUUGCUAUGAGCAACUUUUAAUAUUUAACAGAAAAAUACUGUCAAUUAAGGUUUUGAAAAAUCAAUUGGAGCAUGAAUCAAAAUCUGAUAGACCCAAAAAUUAUCCACUUGAAGUGAUGUUAAGGCAUUCAAAAGACAUUUUUACAUGUCCUGAUGUGAUCCAAAAUGUCAGUACCAGAGCAGACACAGGUAUACUUUAACAAAUUUAAUGGAAAUUUUUGCAUAAUUCCUUGGUCGCAGUGUGAACAGAAUCAUUCUGAGUGGUUUGAUAUGAAAUGGUUCAUUGUAAAGACUCAGAUGUGGUGAUAGGAACCAGGGGUCACCAUGACUACAACACAAAUAUAGACAUGUAAUUUACUAUCCAAAUCCACCAAUGAACCAACAGGUGUCUUCUGAGUUUUAUAUGGAAUGUUGAUGAUAGUAAAAUAGUGAACAAUCUGAAAAAUAAGCUUUCUUUGAAGACUAUUUUGCCUCACAACGCCCUGCUUGUAUCCCUCCGCCAUGAAUGGAUUGCAAUAAAUGCAUUGACAGGACAUUUUACGCUAAAACAUCAUCACAAAACAGGCAUCAGGCUGAGUAUUCAUAACCACUUUGUGUGAUAACUUUCUGUGAGGGAGCUUUUAGAGGUGGACGUCUGGUUCCUAUCACCACCACUGUGAGCAAUUUGAGUAAAUCUGACUUUAGCUUCUCUCGAACGGAGCAUUUCACGCCAAACCACUCCGAAUCGCUUUGUUUACAGCUUAACCAUUUAAUUAUGUGGAACUUUUUUAUUUUUGGAAAAUUUGGUGGAGUUCCCCUUGAGGCCUUAUCCAAAUCCAGUCCUUUCUUAGGGCUAUUUUACCCUAUUUAUUGCACUGUUGCACUGAUUUUAAGACAACCAAGACCCGCAGCAGUGAGGCACGUUUUCAUAAGUUAAUAAAACGGUUCAAAUGUCUGGAGGAACUAUUUUAAACUGAAAAACGAAAACAGCCCAGCAGCGCUUCACUGCUUCACUCAUGGUAGAGCAACCUGAAAAUUAAAACUCCAGUAAUCUUUGGAGGCGUUGGGUCGAGUUUUUCGGACUAUGUCAUACGACUUUACAUAUUAACCUCAUACUGGUGGUGUAGACAGAUGUAUAUUUUUAGGUGGGCCUGUCAAAAAGUGGGUAGGCCUGUUUGGUAGAUACAAAUUAGCCGUGCAGUCGUCGGCCUUCCUGUUUCAAAGUUUUUUUGCGCCCUAUGGUAAUAUAACCAGUCCGCCAGAACAUUGAAUUCACAUAAACACAACAAACACUGCAACACCCUUGACUAUGAAGACCAUCACAGCAAACUUAAAAGCCUAAACCUAAUCACUGAAGCCACAAACAUAUUGCCACAUAAAAAUGUUUGUCCAUUCAUAUCUUUCCUUUGAUGCACUGAAGUAACGUUAGAUAGUAGCUUGGACAUUUUCACAGUCUAUUUCAGCUUCUGUAGUAAAAGAGAUGAGAACACAAAGCUGACACUUUUUUUUUUUUGUUUUGGGUGAGUAGAUAAUGACACUAUCAGGGACAAAAUUAAAUUUUUAGCCUCCCAGGUACAUCUUUUACCUGCAACU